GCAAUUCCAUGCCAAUUCCAUGCAUUCGUAGGGUUUAAGGCUGUGCUCUAUUGUCUGCAGGUUGCACUGCCUCUUUAAAAUCAGAAAUGCAUGGACAGCUUCAAGGUGCCUCCCCCUGAGCGAAGGCUUUGGAUGCAAGCACAGAGACAGCAGAGCCAUCCUCCCCUGAGCACAGGGCAAACCUGUCUGGGAGAGAAAUGAGCACUCAGCAGAGUCCUCCGGCUGCUUCCAGCUAUCCUUUCUCUGCUCCGGUGACAGCAGCACAGGUGCAGGGAAGAAACCUGGAGGCUCUCCCCAGGGUGCCUGAGAACUCCAAGAAGAUGAGAGCAACUGCAGGAGGAGAUGAAUGAGGCUGUUGCUCAAUAGUCUUCCAGGGACAAAGACAAGGUGACUCACUGCUCAGAAGGAAACCUUGGAUGAGGUCUCAUGCCCUGCCACAGUGGGUAACUCUAACACAACACCAAGGGCCCUCCAAGACACACGUGUCACAGGAAAAUAGACAUGGCCACAGAGCGAGCUGAACAUAACCCAAACGUCUCCACCCACCUCAGCUUUGCUGCAAUUUACAACCUCCACGAUGGAGAUUUCAGCUCCUUGUGGAACUUCUCCUUCCCUUUCAAUUUCACUUACAGUGACUAUGACCUGCCCCUGGACAGCGAAGACGACACGACCAAAACCCGCACCUUCUUUGUGGCCAAGAUCGUGAUUGGGGUGGCCCUGGUUGGCAUGAUGUUGGUCUGCGGUAUCGGCAACUUCAUCUUCAUUGCUGCCCUCGUCCGCUACAAGAAGUUGCGGAACCUCACCAACCUGCUGAUUGCUAACCUGGCAAUCUCGGACUUCAUUGUGGCCAUCGUGUGCUGCCCGUUCGAGAUGGACUAUUACGUGGUGCGGCAGCUGUCCUGGGAGCACGGCCACAUCCUCUGCGCCUUGGUCAACUACCUACAGACUGUCUCCCUUUAUGUUUCCACCAAUGCUCUCCUGGCUAUAGCUGUUGACAGGUAUCUGGCCAUUGUUCACCCACUAAAACCACGCAUGAAUUACCAAACAGCAACCUUCCUCAUCGCCUCGGUCUGGAUUGUUUCCAUACUUGUAGCUAUUCCAUCUGCAUACUUUGCUACUGAAACGGUGUUAUUUAUAGUGAAAAACCAGGAGAAAAUUUUCUGUGGCCAAAUUUGGCCAGUUGACCAGCAAAUAUACUACAAAUCGUACUUCCUCUUCAUCUUUGGCAUUGAAUUCGUGGCACCCGUGAUCACAAUGACUUUGUGUUAUGCCAGGAUCUCUCAGGAGCUUUGGUUUAAAGCUGUCCCAGGAUUCCAGACAGAACAGAUCCGAAAAAGGCUUCGAUGCAGAAGGAAAACUGUUAUGGUCCUGAUGUGCAUCCUGACUGCCUAUGUUCUCUGCUGGGCACCUUUCUAUGGCUUCGCAAUUGUCCGGGACUUCUUCCCCACCAUCAUUGUGAAAGAGAAGCAUUAUCUUACUGUCUUUUACAUAGUUAAGUGCAUUGCCAUGAGUAACAGCAUGAUAAACACCAUGUGUUUUGUAACUGUGAAAAACAACACCAUGAAGUACUUCAAGAAGAUCAUGUUGCUCAGAUGGAGAUCAACGUAUAAUGGAAGCAAAUCCAGCACAGAUCUGGACCUGAGAACAAGUGCAAUGCCAGUCACAGAGGAGGUAGACUGCAUAAAACUGAAAUAAAUUUUCUGCAGUUCAAAUCUCAUCUGUUUUGGAGAGGGGGUUAAAGAGGAAAUAAUGUCUCCUCAAAAGCUUCUCCCUUGUCUGUGGGAAUACCCACUAUUGGUGAGAUCCCUCAAAAAGCAGCCUGCAUUCCCACAAGAACUCUUCUCAGUGGACUUCUAGAUAAUACCCCUAACUCUGUGCCUCACAACAUCCCUAAGACUGAUGCUGUGCUUCAGGUCACCUAUCUGUAAAUUUGAGAUGUAGACACUCAUUUUAGAGUUAAGAAGAACAAUAAAGUCUAUGAAUGCAUUAGACCAUAUUACAACAAAGGAAGAGUUGAGUGCUGAGCCCAGCAGUGAUGCCUCUCUUAAGAGAAACCUCUUAAACACUUUGAUCUUAUCACUUGUCCCUUUAAGCUAUUUAGUGUCCUUUUCCUUCUGCUCAGGAGAGGAAGGAUGGUAAAAAAAGCCCAUUUGUCACUCUUUAACCUCUAAAUUUACCCAUCAUCACGAAGGUCCUUGAAAUCUACAG